UGUUUCUGUCAGAAGUGGGAUUCGAACCCACGCCUCCAGGGGAGACUGCGACCUGAACGCAGCGCCUUAGACCGCUCGGCCAUCCUGACAUCAUGGUAACGCAUAUACAACCGGCAGCAUUUAAACAACGUUAGCCUUUUACGGCGAGCCACCAUUAAUUCAGUUUUCUAUUUUAUGGAGCCGGUUGUCAAAGCGGAUACGAAAUUGCCUCUACGGCUCAAUGUUCAAGUAAAAAUCCCCAUCUCGUAGCGAAAAAAGUUGGGUAGGAAAAGCUUCAACGUUACGAAAAGAUCGGCUACCCCCCACCAUUACUGGGUGAGUCAGGAUCACGAGCUGGAUCAUGUUCGGACCUGUUCGUGGGUCUGGCUUUGUCGCACCCUAAAUUUGGAUCUUUUCGGACCGGUUUAGUUCCCCCUUGCGUCAGCUGCGUCAGUUUCGUUUUUCUUUCAUCGUCGCUAUUAAAUAAAAGCAGCGGAAGAAGAAGAGUUUCGGUUCUGCCGUCGUACCGAAGGGAAGAGAACACCUUCGUCGGACUGAAACGGCUCCUGAACAGCUAAGACUUGUUCUCAUUAACUCACCUGUUCAGUUUGGACUGCAGACACAAUGAACCAAGCUGCUCCGAGCCAGCGACCCGUCAUCCCGCAGGUCCGGUACCACCCAUCCAUUCAGAUGGCAGGAAGUGGAACCACAGCCGGUGCUACUCGUCGUCCUCAGACCAGAAUUCAACCUAAAAUGGUCCAGAAGAACCAGAACUCCAACAGAACCGGUCCGGCUGGGGCGCACGGACCACCUGACAAUGAUCCAGGUCCAACUGCGGAUCAAGCAUCAAGCAAACAGGGUCAGAGCUCCAGACCAGGUGCUGCUCGCCACACUCAGGCCAGAACUGAUCCCAGAGUGGUCCAGAAGAACCAGGACUCCAGCAGGACCGAUCCAUGUCUUAACGGAGGACCAGAACCCAAGAGGGAUCUGGGUUCUGCUGAAGACAAAGCUCCUCCCACACCAGACCAGGUCCCGCUGGACCCAAGGGCCGAACUGGACCGAAACCUGCUACAGCAGGUGGAGGUUCUGACCCGCGGACAGAGCACCAACCAGGACUGGUUCCACUGGAGGAAGAACCGGAUCACAGCCUCCGUGGCCCAUCGCAUCGCUCACUCCAGGUUUGUCAACGGCAAGAGCAAAGCUCCGCCCCUUUCGUACCUGGCUGCCAUCACAGGCGAGGGGCCAAAAGUCCGGACCAGAGCCAUGAGCUGGGGCAUCGAGAAGGAGGCCGAGGUCGUCUGCAGGUACCAGACUCUGAAGUCGGCGGCGCUGGGCCAACCCGUCAGGGUUCUGGAGUGCGGCCUGUUCAUCGACAGCCAGCGGCCCUGGCUGGCAGCCAGCCCUGACGGCAUCGUGGUGGAUGCGCGGAGCGGCCGCAGGCUGCUCUGUCUGGAGGUCAAAUGUCCCUACAAACACCGGCACCGGAGCGUGGAGGACGCCUGCAGGGACGACCCGGCCUUCUGCCUGCAGCUGGACGGGGACACACCUGGACAGGCUCCAGUUUACGCCCUGAAGAAGUCCCAUAGCUACUUCACGCAGAUCCAGGUCCAGCUGGCCGUCACAGGCCUGGACCGGGCCGACCUGGUCGUCUUCACUCUGAAGGAGACAGCCAUUGUCCCCGUGUCCUUUGACCCCGACCUGUGGGACGAGACUGUGUCCAAGCUGGAGGUCUUCUACCGGGACGCCGUCCUCCCUCACCUCAGACAAAAAAUGCAGCAGAACGCAGCCGCAGGGCCAGAACUGUAGAAACAGGAAGGUCCAAACAGAGGUGCUCUACUGGACACGUCUUGUCCUCUGAGGACGGAUAUGUUCUGGUUCUGAGGGGGGUAGAGGACGCGGGUCAUUUUUUAAGCUACUGGUUCAGUUCAGAUUAAACAAGUCGGAUUUCUGAGGAACCCGAUCUUCUAAGUCCAGUUUGUCCAACAUCGUCCAACCAGAGACAGACAGAACCCUGAAGAGCUUCAGGAUUAGAACCAAUCCAAACGUUGCCAAUUGGAUCAGCUCACACUUCCUCAUAUUGGACCUUUUUCUGUAGUGGGUUCAGGGUUCCGAAAAUAAAUUAAUUUUAUAUGAA